GUGGGGGACGGUGCCACUAAAACCCACUGAAGCAGCGGGAGGAUACUGUUCUAGAGGGUGCGAAGGGCUCGUGGAAGUCGACACUAUACCCUCGCCGACGCCUGCGCGCUGCGGCGGCUGAACUGCGCUGCGCGGCCACAAGAAACUGCUUUAACAGCCUGGGAGCAAAUGAGGACGCGGCGCGGCGGCGGCGCCGUACAAACGCGCGCCUCGAGGCGCGCUGCCGCUUCCAGCGAGGUUAUGCUGUCGCCCGAACCGCGGAAAGUCACCCAGGACGAGCACCAGCGCCCCUCCACCCCACCCGGCCACGUCGAGCGCCAGCGCCGCGGCGACGACACGCCACAUCUCUUCGCGCUGCCCGAGGACCUCGAGCGGCGCGUGGGCGAGCACUUGGGCGACUGGCCCUACUCGCCCGCGCUGGCCACCGUGGCGCGGACGUGCCGGCGCGCGUACGACGCGCGGCCAGCUUUAGGUGCGCGCGUCGCGCGCGCCGCGGCGCGCGCCGCCGUCGCGCUUUUUGAAAGAAAAGCCAUCCUCCUCGUGGCGCACACGCGCUGGCGCUGGCCGCCGGACGGCGGGCCUUUUGUGGAUUUGAAGCAAAAUUUCUUACUGUACAUCACGCGGAACACGGCCCUAUCAGCUGUCAAGGCCGCGCUCGAUCAUAGAUUGCGCGUCUCGGCGACGGCGACGACGCAGACGCGGCGGCGGCGGCCCUGCGGCCAGACCGUCGCCGUGGGCUAUACUACCUUUAGACGGUCGCGCGUCGUGCUGGAAGAUCAACAAUCGGGCGCCCAGUUGGACGAGGCGGCGCUGCAGGGGCUGGUGGCGCGCGCGGCGCCGCUGCCGGCGCGCGACGGCGUCCCGGGGCGCCUCGCGGUGCACGUGAAUUUACAUGUGGAGCGGUACGACUCGUCCGACGACGACGACGACGACGAGGCCGUCCCCGUCAAUCCCGUCGCCGCUCCUCCUGUCUAAGGGCCCAC